CCCACGCACGACGACCUCCCCCCGGCCAAGGUCUACCUCAACCACCACGUCAAGAAAACUCGCAAAAAACCGCAAUCAUGGCGGACACAGCGAGCGCGCCUGCGCCAGCCAAGACAGCUGAGCAGAUCAGCGAGGAGAACAACCUUCUUCCCAAGCUGAUCACGCACCUGGAUCGCCAUCUUAUUUUCCCCCUACUACAGUUCGUGGCCGAGCAGCAGGAGGAUGAGGAGGAUAGCCAGGAGAUCACGAGGGCGAAGUACGAGUUGUUGAAGACGACGAAUAUGACGGAUUAUGUGGCGAGCUUGUAUACUGAGAUCAACGAUGUGGCGGAGCCGCCGAAGGAGUUUGGCGCGAAGAGGCAGGCCGUGCUGGAGAGGUUGGAUCAGUUUGAGCAGGAGUCGGCGGCGAUUACGGAUUUGUUGGGGAGGGAGGAUGUUAUUACGAAUUUGAGGGCGGAUAAGGUGGCUAACUUGGAGUACUUGAAGAAGGAGCAUGAGGUCACCCCCGAGAUGGUCGACGUGCUUUACGACUUCGGUAACUUCCAGUACAGCUGUGGUAACUACGGUGCCGCCGCCGAGCUGCUCUACCAGUUCCGUGUCCUCUCCACCGACGAGACCAAGGUCUCCGCCGCCACUUGGGGAAAGCUCGCCUCCGAGAUCCUGACCACCAACUGGGAGUCCGCCAUGGAGGAAGUCACCAAAGUCAAAGACUCCAUCGACACCAAGCUCUUCGCCAACCCGCUCGCGCAGCUCAACCACCGCGCGUGGCUAAUCCACUGGGCUCUCUUCCCCUUCUUCAACUACGAGCCCGCGCGCGACACAAUCUGCGACCUCUUCUUCUCCGCGCCCUUCAUCAACACCAUCCAGACCGCCUGCCCCUGGGUCCUCCGCUACCUCGCCGCAGCGGUCAUCACCAACCGCAGCCGCACGCGCAACACGGGCCAGUACCAGAAGCAGCUCAAGGACAUCAUCCGCAUCGUCAAGCAGGAGACGUACGAGUACAGCGACCCGGUCACCGACUUCAUCAAGGCGCUGUACGUGGACUUUGACUUCGAGGAGGCCCAGCGCAAGCUCAUCGAGGCGGAGGAGGUACUUCGCGGGGACUUCUUCCUCGUCGCUGCGUCCGAUGCGUUUGUGGAGGCCGCGCGCCACCUGAUCUCGGAGAGCUACUGCAAGAUUCAUCAGAGGAUUGAUAUUAAGGACCUCUCGGCGCGUCUGGGGCUCGACCAGGACGAGGGCGAGAAGUGGAUCGUUAACCUCAUUCGUGAUACGCGUGUUGAUGCCAAGAUCGAUUAUAAGGAGGGCACGGUUGUGAUGAACCACCCGCCGAGCAGCGUGUAUCAGCAGGUCAUUGAGAGGACUAAGGGUGGCUUCUUCAGGACACAGGUGCUGAGUGCUGCGGUGGCGAAAUAGAUGGGUGGUGGGUGUGAUAGGAAAUAAGAAAUUUAAAGUGUGGUGGUGGGCAUGGGAAUGGCGUUUUUGAAUUGUGGGGUGGGGGAUAAAGAUAUGGUCCAGCUUGCUGGUACGUAGUUUAUGAGCUUAUGAGCUUUACGUAAAUAUCUAUGAGGAUUUGGUUCGGAAU